AUGCAGCCUAAAGAUCCACUGAGAGAUGUUGAGGUUCUCAGAAAAGCCAUGAAAGGAUUUGGAACUGAUGAGGACGCCAUCAUUCAACUACUUGGAAGUCGUACUAACAAGCAGCGGGUGCCAAUGGUGGCAGCUUUUAAAACCACUUAUGGGAAAAACCUCAUCCGUGAAUUGAAGUCUGAGCUCAGUGGAAACUUUGAGAGCCUGGUGCUGGCUAUGGUGAUGCCUCCAGCCAAGUUUGAUGCAGCUGAGCUGAGAGAAGCCAUUAAGAGUGUAAGGCAGCUCCACCUUGAGUACGGCAAGUCUCUGGAGGACGCGAUCAGCAGUGACACCUCAGGACAUUUUCGCAGGCUCCUGAUCUCCCUCCAAGAGGGUAACCGUGAUGAGAGAGAAAAUGUGGACAUCUUGCAGGCUAAGCUGGAUGCUCAGACGCUGCAUGCGGCCGGAGAGGGCAAACUGGGAACUGAUGAGUCCCAGUUCAAUGCCAUCCUGUGUGCCCGCAGCAAGCCCCACCUGAGAGCAGUGAGUGUGUUCUAACAUGUGAAUGAUUUGUCUGCCUUUCAUGAGUAUGAACAGAUGUGUGGGUGACCGAUUGAGAAGAGCAUCUGUAGUGAGAUGUCUGGGCAUCUAAAGGAAGGCAUGGUUGCUGUGGUGAAGUGCAUCCAGAAUGCCCCUGCUUAUUUUGCCGAGGAGCUUCGCACAUCCAUAUCGGGUUUAAGCCCUAAGGACCGCACUCUGAUCCGGAUCAUGGUGUCCCGCGCCGAGGUGGACAUGCUGGACAUCCGACAGGAACACCUGCGCCUGUUUGGGAAGUCCCUCUACAAUGCCAUCUCUAGACUGUAA